CGUGGCUUAAGAUUUAAAAAGGCAACAACAAUAACAGGGUCUAGUCCACAUAAAACAUUAAUAAAUAAUAGUAAAACCACAAAAUAUUUAAUUCAGAACUAUUAUUGUUAGAUAUUGCAUACUGUGCUCAACAUAAUGUCAUCGCUUACAUGGGAGAUAGCCAUGUACGUAUUCCUAGCUGUAUUGGCACAUAUAUUGGUUUUCGUGUUUGUCACCCGCAAAAGGGCUAAAAGUAUCGUUAACAAACAUGUGGUCAUUACUGGAGGAAGCAAAGGAAUUGGUUUGUGUCUAGCAGUUGAGUGCGCCCUUAGGGGUGCGAAUGUAACGGUUAUAGCACGGGAUGAGAAAAUGUUAAGUGGCGCCAUAGCUCUUAUGGAAGUUAUUCGACAAAGGCCUGAACAAAAAUUCCAAUAUCGCAGUCUUGAUAUAUCAUCCAGCUAUGACCAAGUAGAAAAAUGUCUAACUGAUAUCGAAAAAGAUUUUGGAGAUAUAUACAUGUUGAUAAAUUGCGCUGGUCUGGCAAUCUGUGGUGUGUUUGAAGAAGUGGCCGUGGAAGAUGCCCGAAAACUUAUGGAUGUCAAUUAUUGGGGAACAUACAAUUGUUCUCGGUAUGUGCUACCAAAAAUGAAAAAAGCCAAAGAAGGCAUAAUAGUUAUAACAGCAUCGCAAGCCGCACUUUUUGGUAUAUACGGCUAUGGGCCAUAUGCCGCUUCUAAGUAUGCCUUGCGUGCAAUGGCAGAAACCAUAGCUAUGGAAAGCAAACAUUUGGGUGUUUCAGUAACUUUGGCACUGCCAGCCGAUACAAAUACACCUGGUUUUGAAAAUGAACAAAAAACAAAACCUCAAGAAACAAAGAUCAUCUCAGGCGGUGGAGGACUAGCAGAUCCCGAUGCAGUGGCAAAACAAAUUUUAAAUGAUGCUUUGAAAGGGAACUUUAUCUCCAUCCUGGGUUUUGAAUCAUGGCUCAUAACACUAUUAGGUGGAGCACUCUUUCGUUGGAGCGGCAUUUUUCAAAAUAUUAUCCAUGCUAUAAUUUUGGGACCUCUACGCGUCAUUGGUUAUAUAUUGCAUUUACACUUUGAACGUGUUGUUCGAAACUGUGCCAAAGAGAAAAUGGAAUGAUUGUCAU